GCCUUGUUCACUCGCAGUUCAGUGCGCGGUCCGUAUACACCUGGGCAUAAUUGUCGUACAUACCCUAAUUUCCUUUUUACCAAGUUUAACGAAAAAACACAAAAAACAAAAUGUCUCUUGCCGAUCCAGUUGCCUUUAUGAAGGAUUUCCUCGCUGGAGGUAUCUCAGCCGCCGUAUCCAAGACAUGCGUGGCCCCCAUCGAGCGUGUCAAGUUGCUUUUGCAAGUACAACACAUUUCCAAGCAAAUUUCUGAAGAACAACGUUACAAGGGUAUGAUCGACUGUUUUGUUCGUAUUCCCAAAGAACAAGGUGUAUUGGCCUACUGGCGUGGUAACACUGCUAACGUAAUCAGAUACUUCCCAACCCAAGCAUUGAACUUUGCCUUCAAAGAUAAAUACAAGCAGAUCUUCUUGAGUGGUGUUGAUAAGAAAACACAAUUCUGGAGGUAUUUCUUGGGAAAUUUGGCCUCUGGUGGUGCCGCCGGUGCUACCUCUCUCUGUUUCGUAUAUCCUCUUGAUUUCGCCAGAACCAGGUUAGCCGCCGAUGUAGGUAAAGGAGCUGGUGAACGUGAGUUCAGCGGACUUGGAAACUGCUUAGUCAAGAUCUUCAAAUCUGACGGUCUUGGUGGACUGUACAAAGGUUUCGGUGUGUCUGUACAAGGUAUUAUCAUCUACAGAGCCGCCUUCUUCGGCUUCUACGACACCGCCAAGGGUAUCUUGCCUGAUCCCAAGAAUACUCCUCUCAUUAUUUCAUGGGCUAUUGCACAGACUGUGACCACCGUUGCCGGUAUUAUCUCUUAUCCAUUCGACACAGUCCGUAGGCGUAUGAUGAUGCAGUCUGGACGUGCCAAGAGCGAAGUCGUUUACAAGAGCACAGCUCACUGCUGGGCAACCAUCGCCAAACAAGAAGGUGCUGGUGCCUUCUUCAAGGGAGCCUUCUCUAACGUACUCAGAGGUACCGGUGGAGCUAUCGUACUUGUAAUGUACGACGAAAUCAAAAACCUCAUCGUUUAAAAACCUAACAACCAUAAUAGCGCAUUACUUUUUUUUGUAACACUCCACAUCCAGUCGUGCGGGUCCCAUUAUUUAGGGACCCAACUAGAUAAAUUCUUCGCUCGUUCCAAUACAGUGCCGUUUUUGGUUAUGCCCUCUAUACGAAAAUCAUUCCGAAACUAAUAAAACGAAAUAGAAAUUUGUUUUGUUGGUUAUCACGUUUGUCACUCUACAUGAUUCGUUAUUGGAUAACAACGAUGGCAUAGCUAAAAUCCGUAAAUGUAAAUAAAAAAAAAACAACUUUAUAUUAGAUGUAACUUAAUUUAUUUGUAAUCCUGGUUUUUGUCAAUAAAAUGCUGGAAAAAAGAAAAGACUUAUUUCAAAUUGUAACCGAAAGGCGCAAUGCAUAGACUUAAUAAUUAUUGUAACCCGGAAUCGCUCCUGUAGGUUUAUUGAUAAAACACGGAACUUUUACAGUAUAAGCAUUAAGUGAAAUCAAUUUUUAAAAAGCAAUGUUGCAAUCUGUUAAAAAUUUAAUGUUUUGUUAUUCAUCAUCGGGAAAGAUCUGAUGAUAGCAAGAAAUAAAAAAAGCGAAAAAUAUGUA